UCCGUUGCAUUAAAAAAAACAAACUCUCCCUAUAUUUUUUUGAAUCCUUAAUUACCAAACACGAGAAGCUCGUUAAUUUUUUCGAUCAAUCAAUUCAUAUUGUUUAGCUUUUCAGAUCCAAAAUUCCACAACCGUUUAAUGCCUUUUAAUUAAUCUUCUUCUUCAUUGUUCUUUCACUUUCCAGAAUCCGUCGUAGUUCACUUACUUUCUCCGGCGCCGGCACCGGCGAUUACUCAUUCUUCACUCUCUGACAGUUUAUUGAGGAGAUUGAAGAUGCCACAAGAGAGUAAUCAAAAUCAGAGCAAUUCAUUGUUCAACAGUCCAGUGAAGAAUUUGAGAGGAUUGAAGGGAAAUUUGGGUUAUAAUUCAAGUAGUAAUGAAGUUUCUUACACUGAGGAGAUGUUCAACGAUCGUGAUUUAGCUCAAAGAAAAGCUGAAGAAGCAGCUGCAAGGAGGUACCAGGCGGCGGAAUGGCUGAGGCAGAUGGACUCCGGUGCAUCGGAGGUGCUCCCAAAAGAACCAAGUGAAGAAGAAUUUCGUUGUGCUCUUCGCAAUGGCCUCAUUCUUUGCAAUGUCCUCAACAAAGUCAAUCCUGGUGCUGUUCACAAGGUGGUGGUGAAUUCAGUGGUUGAUAUGUCCUCAGAAUGUGCAGCUCAAUCUGCUAUUCAAUACUUCGAGAACAUGAGGAAUUUUCUUGUAGCUGUUGGCAAAAUGCAGCUUUUAACAUUCGAAGCAUCUGAUCUUGAAAAGGGUGGUUCAUCAAACAAAGUUGUAGACUGCAUUUUGUGCCUAAAAGGAUAUUAUGAAUGGAAACAAGCCGGAGGAAUUGGAGUUUGGAAGUAUGGUGGAACUGUCAGGAUCACGUCCUGUCCUAAAGGAUCACCGUCCUCAUUUGGUGGUAGUGACAGUGCAGAUGAGUCGGUGGAUGACUCCGAGUCAUCACAAUUCGACCAGCUGUUGGAAUUUCUCCAUUUAUCUAGCGAAGUCUCGCUUGAAGAAUCAAAUGCUGCUAAUAUACUGACCUUCCUCUUUGAUCGCUUUGGUCUCGGGCUUCUACAGGCUUAUCUUAUGGAGAGGAAUGGAGUUGAGGACUUCCCUUUGAAUUCAAUGGUAAUUGAUGCUGUACUGAGGAAAGUAGUCAAGAACUUCUCGGGGUUGCUGGUUUCUCAGAGCAAUCAGCUCAGACUUUUUCUGAAGAAAAUAUUGGCAGAUGAGUGCAGUCCUUUAUCAAGAUCAGAAGUUCUCGAAGCCAUAUCAAACUAUUUGCGCCACAGAACUAGUUUGGUCUCCAGUGAAUGCAUUUGUGGUGGGAAACGUGAAAGCAGCUGGCGUAAUAAUGGUUUCACUGCUGCCAAUGAAGAAAUAGUUGAUGUUCAACAAAAGGAGUUAGAGGAGCUAAAAAUCUUUUGCAGAGAAACCAAGCUAGAUGUUCAAAAGUAUAAGUCAGGAUGGGAAGAAGAAUUUACAAGGCUUGUGCACCAUAUUAAGGGACUCGAGAUGGCCUCGUCUUCUUAUCACAAAGUAUUGGAAGAAAAUCGAUUGCUUUACAAUCAAGUCCAGGACCUAAAAGGGACAAUAAGAGUAUAUUGUAGAGUUAGGCCCUUCCUAUCAGGACCACCUGAUAUGCAGUCCACAGUAGAUUAUAUCGGAGAAAAUGGAGAUAUCAUGAUUGUCAAUCCUCGUAAGCAGGGUAAAGAUGCUAGGAAGAUUUUCACUUUCAACAAGGUCUUUGGAACUAAAGUAACUCAACAACAAAUAUACGUGGACACUCAGCCGUUGGUUAGGACUGUCCUUGAUGGUUUUAAUGUUUGUAUCUUUGCUUACGGACAGACUGGCUCAGGGAAGACAUACACCAUGAGUGGUCCAGACUUGACCACAGAGGAGACAUGGGGUGUAAAUUAUCGUGCUUUGCGUGAUUUAUUCAGCACUACAAAGGCAAGACAUGACAUGAUAGAGUAUGAAGUUGGAGUCCAAAUGAUCGAGAUAUAUAAUGAGCAAGUGAGAGAUCUCUUAGUCAUUGACGGAGCUAACAAGCGAUUGGAAAUACGAAAUAACUCCCAACUGAAUGGCCUCAAUGUACCUGAUGCUAGUCUGAUUCCAGUUACAUGCACUCAAGAUGUUCUUGAUUUGAUGAGAAUUGGGCAGAAGAACCGUGCUGUCGGUGCUACUGCUUUAAAUGAGAGGAGCAGCAGGUCUCACAGUAUUCUGACAGUUCAUGUUCGAGGAAGAGAGUUGGUAUCUGGAUCAACAUUAAAGGGCUGCCUUCACCUUGUGGAUUUAGCUGGAAGUGAGAGAGUAGAUAAGUCUGAAGCUGUUGGCGAGAGACUGAAGGAGGCACAACAUAUAAACAAAUCUUUAUCAGCAUUAGGAGAUGUUAUCUCUGCUCUUGCACAAAAGAGCUCACAUAUUCCUUACAGAAAUAGCAAGCUUACUCAAGUAUUACAAGACUCAUUAGGUGGUCAGGCAAAGACGUUGAUGUUCGUGCACAUAAAUCCAGAGGCAGAUGCAUUUGGAGAAACAGUUAGCACCCUCAAAUUUGCUGAGAGGGUUGCUUCCAUAGAUCUUGGCGCAGCUCGAUCUAACAAAGAAACUGGUGAAAUUCGAGACAUGAAAGAUGAGAUCUCAAACCUUAAGCAAGUGCUGGAGAAGAAGGAAGCUGAACUUGAACUCCUAAAAAGUGGUGUAAAUGUUCGAGGACAAGCAUCACCUCUACGAACAAUGAGACACAUUGGUAAUAGUAACUUGAAAACGGAAACUAGUCAGCGUCCUCUAGAUGACAUUAGAGAGGUAAGAAGCUGUUCAUCAGGUAAACAAAGGAGGUCUCAGUUUCCCUCGAAGUUCACGGACAAGGAUUUCAUCCCAAAAAUGCCCUUGCUCACAGAGGAAAAAUCAGCAGCCUCCUCCAUGAGGAGAUCACCAUCACCACCAGUUAGAAGAUCAAUAUCAACAGAUAGAGGUGUUCAUGUCAGAAGCAGAAACAAGCCUGAAACAUUUGAAAAUCAACCCGUAAUGAAACUACCUUUCCCUGGUAGAGCUCCUGUCACCAUCAAUAAGCCUAGUACCAAUAUGCCGGCUAUUGUCUCUUCGGAUAGAACGAGAGGAUAUCAGAGUUCAAGAGAGCAAUCCAGGCAGGAAAAUAUCUCUGAUGUUCUAUAUAGCCUCCAGAAGAUGAGCAACAGGAAAAUUCCAGAACACGACGAGGAGCAGUUUAAGCAAGCGCUUAAUGUAAGACAAGGUGCAAUCAGGAAAAGUAAAAAUGAGAACAAGAUCAAAUCCAAGCAUCAGUUAUCAACUAAAAUACAGAUUAAAUCAGAUGUUUCAGUGACCUUACUUUCUGAUGGAUGUCAUGGUGGAAUGAUGGACGAAGCUCAGAGAAGCGAUGUUUCUGAGUCUGAAAAUGAGAAUGGAUUUGUUGGAUCCAAUAUAAGUGGAACCAUAAGGUUUGGUAAUGGACAUCUUCCAAGAAGCUUCUCAAGGAACUCCCAAAACGUUGAACGAGAAAUAUCACAGACAGUUGAAGCAUUUCUUGCUGGUAAAUAUGAAGACAGACCAUCAAGUGGAAACAACAUGCUUCGAAAUGCUGAGGUAAACAAUUCAUUCAAUCCUGAAUUCCGGAAACCAGAAGAUAAACCAUCGAAUGUCAAUAGAAUUGCUCGAAAUUCAAAGGAAGUGAGCAACUCAUUGGCUCCAGAAUUGAGAAGAAGCAGAUCAACACCACGCGGAAAAUUCAUGUUUUUGCCCUGAGAGAAGUUUGAUAUUUAUAUACUACACAUCAUUUGGAUCAACUAAUUUGGUAGUUCUUGUACAGCCACUUAAUGCAUUUUGGAGCAUGCCCCUCAUUACUGAGAAAGUUGAGAUGGUUGUUGAUGUCAUUGAGGACUUCAACCACUAAUAUAUCCUCAAACUUCAUUUGAAGUGACAUAUAUUGCCAUGUAUUUAUUAAUACAAACUGAUAAAACUUUAAAAUAUAUGUAAAAAGUUGUUCUUUGUUUGGAUAUUUGG